CACGCAUUUUUCCGUGAAUCAAUAAGAAUAUAGACUAUGUAUCUAGGCUUCGAGUCGAGUUAGUUAUGCCAAUUGUAGAGUUGAAGAUUUAUGGAAAUGUCUCUAAAUGAACCGUCCCGUCGCCGAUGCCCGCUGUUAGUACCCAGUAUGUUGGGCUGCUCAGUUCUCGACACUACAUCGUAUGUACUACCCAAGAAUUAGUACAGGCAAGAAAGUACAUUGCACCGACAUGGUGUAUAUUGCUGGCGUAAGUCGUCGCAGAAAUCGCAUCACUCAGUCAUUCGGCGUCCCCAUGAUUGACUUGCAGCAUAAGCGGCAGGGAACGUAUUCAUUGACUAUAACGUGUACAAGUCCUUCUAGAAUAGGUAUGGGCAGAGUUGAUUUGAUAGCUAGAAAACUUGGCUAGUAGUAAGAGAUGUAGAUGCUAUAACAUACUGGACACUACAUCUCUGUAUAUUGACCGAAUAGUAGGCUGACCCAGAAACUAGUAUAUAUAUUAUUUGUGGACUGUGAAUUCAAAAGGUUGAAGCGACCACACUUUCUGCGCAAGGAGCUUAGCACAAGGCGAGCGGAAGGUUUCUAGUACGUGGUAGACCACGGAGCUACAUUGAAUGCGAUAGACACUCAUUAAAUCAUGAGAGGAAAGCAAUGACCGAAUAUAGUAGGACCCGGCCCAGAACUGUGAAGCGGGAUAGCAUCAACCCACAUGCAAGGUUGCACAACAUCGUCUAGAACAGAGCAACUGAAUCGAUUAGCAGGUCUGGCAAAAGUAAUUUGCAAGAUCAACAAGUCCAUUGAGCAUAAUUCCUGGUUCAAGUCGGAAAAGGCGGCCUCUGAAAGGUUGCUGCGAGAUUGGAGGAGCUGAUUUGCUGUGGUGGUGACAUCAUCGCUGGGCCUAGGCAGGCUGCAACACAGCGCAUCGCGAGUCCAUGGGACAAGAUCGGCUUUCCCUGCCAGUUCAGCUCCAGUGACGUAGCUCCGCUACCGAUAAGGCUGUUGUCUUUUUCUUAACAUCUGACGCUCCAUCUUCCUCGCUGCUAUCCAGGUCCGCGAAACCCUAGCUCAGAGCUAGGACGGCGAUUGACUGUCAACAACAAACCUCGACUACGUCUACCUCUUUUUUUACGCCUACUGCCAUCCCGAAGCUACAGCACCUACCCAGCAUGCCUCCCCAUCCAAAGGGGUCAAGCUCCCCUCAACAGCACCGGGUUGGGGAGCAUUGGAGCGGAACCAACCCGGUCCCAACGAUCGGAAAAUUCAUUGAACGCCUGCAAGCUGAUCAGAAAGAACGUGAAGCUCAUGAGCAAUUGAUGGCCUCAAGGAGACAGGAAAGGCAGGAUGCGCAACUAAAGCAAAACAAAGCCGACCAGGACACUUAUCCUCAUCGACCACGCAAAGUAGGCGAGGGCCGAACUCGCGAGGUUACAGAUCCUACAACGGGGAGACAGAUUGAGGUGGAAGAUUUGGAUGAAAAUGCCAUGGACCCUGUGAAAGAUCCAAAGCUGGUUGUUCCCAAUGCAAACCUUGGAAAGGAAACGCCAGUAAAAGUCGAUUCAAAUCAACCCCUCUCCGAAUAUAAAGAAAAGCAAGAUAUUACAGCUCCUCCGGAUCCCAUCGCAGAGGGAACGACUUCUGACGUCCCUAUCCAUGGCGAAAGAACGAAUAUCCUCUUCUACCCCACCCCGACAAUCUCAUACAAGCCCAUGUUUCAAACAUUGGAAAGGCGUGGAACUGGACUGUGCAUCGGUAUCGUAUUCGGUAUUAUUGUCGUAGGCCGGGCUUUCGGCGCCUCAUACUGGGGCCUCAUUCCUCUGGCCGCCUGUAUCACAAGCGGUGUAUGGUUGUGGGUACAAGAAGUAAUUCGCAGUGGUCGUGAGAUGGAAUGGAGCAGCGAACAGCUACGUGGACAAGUUGCAACGGCGAAUCUACUCCCAGAGUCAGUGGAGUGGAUCAAUACAUUCUUGGCGAUUAUCUGGGGCUUGAUCAACCCUGAUAUGCUAGCACCUGUUGCUGAUACAAUCGAAGAUAUUAUGCAAGCAUCUUCACCAAACGUGAUUGAGAAUGUUCGCAUCGCGGAAAUUGACCAGGGAAACAACCCCAUCCGACUUCUCAGUCUGCGCGCACUACCUGAUGAGCAUGUGCAACAGAUGCAAGAGAACGUCCGCCGGGAGAACCAGGAGAACAAGGAACCAGAGGAAGCAGCGGCUCUGGAGGAAGGAGGCAGCUUUUACAAUUUCGAAGCUUCCUUUGCCUACCACGCAAAGCCAACCGGCCAUAGUACCUCCGCUAGGGCACGCAACAUGCACAUGCAGCUUGUGUUCUACCUUGGUGUCCGAGGGCUUUUUGGCGUACCAUUCCCGGUUUUUGUGGAGCUUAUUGAGAUGGUAGGAACCGUCCGUGGAAGACUCCAGCUCAUUCCUGAGGCACCUUUCGUAAAAGACCUGACAUUCAGUCUCGUUGGGAUUCCCCACAUCAGAGCUGGCUGUAUGCCGAUGGUCAAGACUGGUGUCAACAUUCUGAACCUCCCUCUGAUUUCUAACUUUGUCAACUAUGCCAUCGCUACCGCUUGCGGUCUUUUUGCGGCACCGAAAUCGAUGACAAUGGAUCUUAGCAUGCUGGCCAAGGGUGACGAUAUCGUCAAAGAAACCGAAGCUCUCGGUAUCUUGUGGGUUCGUAUCCAUAAGGCAGUCGGUCUGAGCAAGCAAGACAAGCGCGGCAGCGAAGGAGGAGGCAGUGAUCCUUAUAUUAACCUUUCGUUCUCGAAAUACGGCAAGCCGAUGUAUUGCACAAGAGUGAUUACCGACGAUCUCAACCCGGUUUGGGAAGAGACAGCGGCAUUACUCGUGAACGCCGAACUCAUCAAAGCCGACGAGAACCUCAGUGUCGAGCUUUGGGACUCGGACCGACAUACCGCAGAUGACGUCGUUGGUAAGGUGGAGCUGCCGAUUCGCGAGAUGAUUCAGCAUCCAUGCCGAAUGUAUCAGCACGUCUCCAAGCUCCAGGGCGUGAACGAAGGAAGCGAGAUGCCAGGAGAGCUGCACUGGGAAGUUGGUUUCUUCGGUAAGCCGAAGCUGAGGGCUGAGCUGAGAACCGAUGGCAAAAAGAAGGAUCUUCCAGAGAAUCUAAAGGACAAUCCUGCGUUUGAGGAUGAAAAGGGUGUUAUCACAACGGAUGAGGAGGAUGCCAUCACGCACACGCCGCCAGAUCCUCUAUGGCCAAGCGGAAUCCUCAGCAUCGUUGUGCAUCAAAUUGUCAAUCUCCAACUUGCUAAUAUCAAAGGCAGCAACGGCAACCGUAAGGGCAGAGAGUAUGAGCCCGCUAAGCCGUCUGGGGAGAACACCGAGGAACAGGGUGACGAUUUACCAACCAGUUACUGCAAGAUAAUCCUGAAUGAUGAGCUGAUCUACCGCACAAGAGCUAAAGCCUUGAGUUCGAAGCCCAUCUUCAACGCUGGAACCGAGCGGUUCGUCCGCGACUGGCGCUCCGCCGUCGUCACUGUCACCGUCAGAGAUUCGAGAUACAGGGAGCACGAUCCGAUCCUUGGUGUUGUCCCCUUGAAGCUCUCAGAUCUUUUCGAGAGAAGAUCCCAAGUCACCCGCUGGUACCCUCUCGAUGGCGGCGUCGGAUUCGGCCGAAUUCGCAUCUCCUGCCUCUUCCGCCACGUCGAGACUAAACUCCCUCCACAAAUGCUCGGCUGGGAUGUUGGAACCUUCAAGUUCACCUCGGGCAACGUCACAGCCACAGGCCUCAAUGCCAAAGCCAAGAUUCGCCUUCGAACUGGCGGAAGCAGCGGCAAGAUUCCUCGCCAUACAUGUACCGUCAACUUCGACAGCAUUUCCUUUGACGUCGCCCAGGCCAACAUCCGCCUCCCUGUAAAGCACCGCUACAGGUCACCCGUUGUCUUCGAAUUUGUGACUCAAGGCAAGCGUGGCGUGACGGGCUACGCCUGCCUCUGGCUGCAACACCUCGUUGACAACGAAGACACCCCUAUUGACAUUCCCAUUUGGUACACGAAGAACGGCAAGCGCCUUACACAAAACUAUAUCACAGAAAACAACGUCCAGGAAAAGCGCUCCCCAGGCCUCGAGGACCUCCGCGAGAUUGGCCGCCUCCACUUCAACUGCACAUUUACUCCAGGUAUCGACGAGUCCCACGAGCGCUUUGUUGUCGACAACAACUCGCGGGAAACCUUCGAGACAUGGGAAGCCUGCAUUGCCGAGGGCGUACGACCCCGACACAUCACUGCCGAAGUUCCUGAGGAGACUGAGCAAAAGCACGAGAAAUCGCUCCUACAGGGCCGCGAUAUCCUCAAGGUCGCAGAUCCCAAGGAACGCCGCCGCUGGAUCGAUAAAGAGGGCCAUGACUGGAGCGGCGCCUUCGGCGAAGACCCCCUCGCUCAGAUUCAGAAUAAUCUGAAGAACGAAAACUCUCACCAUGAUGGCAGCCAUACAACCAAGGUUCACCCGGCACAGGAAGACGGAAUGAUGCACCUUCCGGAAAACGACGAAGAUGCCUCCGAUUCAGAUUCCAGCCACUCCGACGUGGAGGAGAAGAACGGGCAGGUUAGCCCUACCAACCGGCCCUCUACCACAGAAACUUCAAGCAGUGUCCCUGGACUCUCCAUGGAUUUCAGCGGCAGCGCAAGAAGCACCAGUAUUGCAGAUACAGCGUCUAGCUCGACGACGCCCUCGAAGCGAGCGGCGAAACGCAGCGAGCAGCGUCAGCAACGUGGUAUGAUGCAGUGGAAGCCCGCUCGAAAUGCGGUGUUUGCAAAGGACGAGGCCAAGUACGCGUUGAGAAAGGUGAGGCAAAGGUUUGGUGGUGAUUUGUCUGGCCGCGAGCCGGAUAUCGAGACUGAGACGGGUUAGAUUCUCACUCUGAAUAUUUGUAAUUUUGGAGUAUUUUCUAGUGUCAACUGCAUUUGUUGUACUAUAUCAGAUUUGGAUCCUAUACUAGCUUGUAUAAUGCAUUAAUGAUUCAUGAUCUCUUACUGG